AUGGAGCAUCAUGUGACUUGCCUCAUCAACUCUCUUUGCCAUAUUUGGGGAAGCCGAACUUGGAAGACCAACGACACUUCUCGUAAUUCGAACUUAACCACCUCGCCUCACUCUGUUUCGAGGAAAGACUGCUCCGCGAGUGUGCCUCAAUCUCAGCCCCGAGAGAACGAGUUUCUCUGCUUUUCAGAUGCAGCUUGGAAUAGUGCUACUAGUGCAGGAGGAUUGGGCUGGACAUGCUCGAACUCUGCCGGUGCUACUCUCCUGCAAGGAUCUUCACCGUGCCCCAUAGUGGCAUCAGCGCUAGUUGCAGAAGCGUUGGCACUUAAGGCGGUAAUCAAAGCCGCUAUCUCCCUUAACAUCAAAGACCUGGUCUGUCACUCAGACUCAAAAGGCUUGAUCAAUCUGAUCACAGGAAACACGUCUGUGAUUGCACUACAAGGAAUUCUCCAUGACAUCAGUGUGUUGAGUAAUUCCAUGUCGUCUAUCUCUUUUAAAUUUGUACCUCGGCGUUGUAACACGAUCGCUGAUCGUCUGGCUAAAGAGGUUCUGUUUUCUGAAUCAAACUCUUCUUUGGAAAGAGAGAACCUUGUAGCUUAA